CUUUUGUCUGUUUGCAGAUUCAAGCUGCAUUUCGAACUGAUGAAAUACGAAGAACACCUCCCACUCCACAAGAUGAGAUGCGUGCCGGAAUGAGCUACUUCCACGAAACAAUUUGGAAAGGUGUACCAAAAUUUUUGCGUCGUGUUGAUACAGCUCUGAAGAACAUCGGAAUAAAUGAGCGUGUCCCUUAUAAUGCUCCUCUCAUUCAGUUUUCUUCCUGGAUGGGCGGGGAUCGUGAUGGAAAUCCCAGAGUUACUCCAGAGGUCACAAGGGAUGUAUGCUUGUUGGCUAGAAUGAUAGCUGCAAGCUUGUACUAUUCUCAGAUAGAAGAUUUGAUGUUUGAGUUAUCUAUGUGGCGCUGCUCCAAUGAACUUCGAGAACGAGCAAAUGAACUUCACCAGUCGACAAAGAAAGAUGCAAAGCACUAUAUAGAAUUCUGGAAACAAGUUCCACCUAGUGAGCCAUAUCGUGUUAUACUUGGCGAUGUGAGGGAUAAGCUGUAUAAUACACGUGAACGUUCUCGCCAUUUGUUAACAAAUGGAAUUUCAGACAUAUCAGAGGAUGCAACUUUUACAAACGUUGAGCAGCUUCUGGAACCCCUUGAGCUCUGUUACAGGUCACUCUGCUCUUGUGGCGAUAGACCUAUUGCUGAUGGAAGCCUUCUUGACUUCUUGCGCCAAGUAUCCACAUUUGGCCUUUCUCUUGUGAGACUUGAUAUUAGGCAAGAAUCUGAUAGGCACACUGAUGUGCUUGAUGCAAUUACAAAUUAUCUUGGAAUUGGAUCAUACCAUGAUUGGUCUGAAGAAAAACGCCAGGACUGGUUGUUAUGUGAACUAAGAGGCAAGCGCCCUCUAUUUGGUCCUGACCUUCCACAAACAGAGGAAAUUGCCGAUGUUUUGCAGACAUUACAUGUUAUUGCAGAACUUCCUUCUGAUAGUUUUGGGGCUUAUAUCAUCUCAAUGGCAACUGCUCCAUCAGAUGUGCUCGCUGUGGAGCUCUUGCAACGUGAGUGUCGUGUGAAGAAACCACUAAGAGUUGUCCCAUUAUUUGAAAAACUUGCAGAUCUUGAGGCUGCUCCUGCAGCUUUAGCCCGAUUGUUUUCAAUAGAUUGGUACAUGAACAGGAUCAGCGGAAAGCAGGAAGUCAUGAUUGGUUAUUCUGAUUCAGGGAAGGAUGCUGGUCGUCUUUCUGCAGCUUGGCAGUUAUAUAAAGCUCAAGAGGAGCUUGUCAAGGUUGCUAAGCAAUAUGGUGUGAAAUUGACAAUGUUUCAUGGUCGAGGUGGGACUGUUGGAAGAGGAGGUGGCCCUACACAUCUUGCUAUAUUGUCUCAGCCACCAGAAACAAUUAAUGGAUCAUUUCGUGUGACAAUUCAAGGUGAAGUAAUUGAACAGUCAUUUGGGGAGGAGCAUUUAUGCUUUAGAACACUUCAACGAUUUACAGCUGCUACUCUUGAACAUGGUAUGCACCCUCCAAUUCCACCUAAGCCAGAAUGGCGUGCUCUGAUGGAUGAGAUGACUGUAGUGGCCACAGAGGAGUAUCGCUCAAUAGUUUUCAAGGAACCUCGUUUUGUUGAAUAUUUCCGACUGGCCACACCUGAGACAGAAUAUGGUAGGAUGAACAUUGGUAGUCGUCCAUCAAAACGGAAGCCUAGUGGGGGAAUAGAAUCACUUCGAGCAAUUCCAUGGAUUUUUGCUUGGACCCAGACAAGGUUUCAUCUUCCUGUAUGGCUAGGCUUUGGUGCAGCUUUCAAGCAUGUCAUGCACAAGGAUAUCAGAAAUCUUCAGAUGCUAAAGGAGAUGUAUAAGGAGUGGCCCUUUUUUAGGGUUACAAUAGAUUUGGUUGAGAUGGUCUUUGCUAAGGGAGAUCCAGGAAUAGCUGCUAUCUACGACAAAUUGCUUGUUUCUGAGGCGUUAUGGCCAUUUGGGGAGCGACUAAGGGCCAACUAUGAAGAGACAAAACAGCUUCUUCUUCAGGUUGCUGGUCACAGGGAUCUUCUUGAAGGUGAUCCUUAUCUGAAACAACGACUGCGGCUGCGCCAUGCCUAUAUAACGACUCUAAAUGUUUGUCAAGCAUAUACACUGAAGCGAAUGAGGGAUCCUGACUUCAUCAUAAAUGUGAAGCCUCACAUAUUGAAGGAUGUCGAUUCUGACGAUCCAGCCGCCGAUCUGGUGAAAUUGAAUCCAGCCAGUGAAUAUGCCCCUGGGCUCGAAGACACCCUCAUCUUGACGAUGAAGGGCAUCGCUGCCGGCAUGAGGAACACCGGAUAGAUCUAUCUAUCCACUGUUCCUUUCUAGUAGCAGCAUCAUGUGUGGUGGCUUUUGCAACGAGUUGAGUUAGUAAAUGCCUGAUGCAGUUGGCUAUUGUUUUUCGCCUUCCUUAUUAUAAAUAACAGAGAAAGAAACCUUCUCUCUGGCUAAAACUUAGACAUGCCAAACUAUCUAUUGUAUGUUCGAAGUUAGUUCUGUUGGUAAUCUCAGUGUUUCUCCCUGUAACUUUCUUCAAUCGAUUUUGUGUUCGCGGUA